AUGCGGUGUUUCGAUAGAGCCAAGAUAUAUGUUAGAUCCAGAGAUGGAGGGAAUGGUGUGGUGGCGUUUAGGAGAGAAAAGUUUGUUCGUUUUGGAGGACCUUCAGGUGGAGAUGGAGGAAGAGGUGGGAAUGGGUAUGUAGAGGUUGAUGGGUCUAUGAAUUCGUUAUUGCCGUUUCGUAAGACUGUGCAUUUCAUGGCGGGACGUGUGGAAAAUGGGAGAGGGAAGAUGCAGAGUGGAGCUAAAGGAGAUAUUGUUGUCAUGAAAGUGGCUCCUGGGGCAUUGUUGUUUCCUGGAGGGAGGGAUGGACGCGGGAAUGCUUCGUUUAAGUUUAAGUCGGGGAUGAAUAAAGUUCCUAGGAUUGCUGAAAAUGGUGAAGAAGGUCCUGAAAUGUAA